GACGGCCCCUGCGAAUUUGCUCCUGUGGUCAUCACUCCACCGCAGAGUGUUCACAACGUCACUGGGGCACCGGUGUACCUGUCCUGUGAGGUGAGGGCUGUGCCUACCCCAGUCGUCACAUGGAGGAAGGUCACACAGUCUCCUGAGGGCACCCAGGUGCUGGAGGACCUACCUGGGGACCACAUCAAUAUAGCCGUCCAGGUGCGAGGGGGCCCUUCUGAGCACGAGGCCACAGCCUGGAUUUUGAUCAAUCCCUUGAAGAAGGAAGACGAGGGAGUGUACCAGUGCCACUCAGCCAACGCGGUUGGGGAGGCGCAGUCCCACGGCACGGUGACGGUGGUAGAUCUGAGUCAGUACAAGGCCCCCCGCUUCCCGGCUCCGGAUGACCACAUGUGACGGAGUAAUGGUCUUAGAAACACUGAUCACAGGAUGACGGAAAAGUCAAGCCAUGGAUCGUUUUGCUUUGUGAAGAGUUGGAAAAACUGUGUUUGUAGAUGACCCCUUUUGUACGUUUUUAAAAAUUAGAUGCACACUAGAUUCGUAUGCAGAUGUAGUUUUUAGCAGGACAAACAUUGGGAAAACAGACUGCAUGUAGCCUUUUUAUACUUUUGAAAUGAAUAGCUCUGUGAGAAUUCUUUUUUUACCUAUUCCCUCCAAGGGAAGGUAUAUUUGUUACCGUGUAUUUGUAAUUCUAAAGGGCUGGACCACGGCAUGUGUCAGCUGUGACUCUUUACCUCAUUUGUCUAGGACCGAUUAGCGGAGCUCUGUGACUUAAAACACUGUGUGUAGGAGGAGUGGGGAGGACCCUGCUGUCCUCUGCCUGACCUCUAACUUGCUGUGGGACCUGGGCAGGUCCCUCCCCUCCCUGGCCCUUGGUCUCUUCACCUGUGAAUGUGGUAUUGGAACUGGAUGUUUCCUGUUUCUUUGAGUGCCGCCAUCCCAGUGUAAGAUGGUCCUACGGAAAAAAUACAGGAAGUGUAGUCUUAGCAUCCUUUUUAAAAUGGUAUUCCCUCAAAAAGCAAAUACUAGGGUGUGGACAGCUGGCUGUAGCUCGUCUGUUCCUGCCAUCUUCCCAUUUUAAAGAGGUUCCGUCCUAGCUGGAAUACUUAACCGGGCUGAGUGUUUGGGGACCAAGACAUCUACUUAUUAACAAGGCCAGCAUUCUCUAACCAGAUGGGCAGUGGAGACCUGGCCUCUGGACAUCAAACUGUAAAAAUGGGGUCAGCUACUCUCCCUGGGCUGUGGAACUAGAGUGGAGUGCAAUACAUUUUCCUUAGAGAUGGUUUGACCU